CUUUUUUGAUUGACCUUUACUAACAAACUAACUUCUAACUUGCCGAAGCGAGUUACAACAGUAUAUCAUUGUCGUCAAAUACUUCUUCAGAUCCGACUGACUCGAGCAUGAUGAGACAUCAUUAUCUACCAACUACUGACUGCCUAAUGACGUACUUAUUACCAUAUGGGAAGGGAGGGAAUUUGGACAAAUUCGGGUAAUUUUUACCUUGGGGAUUUCCGGUCAGAUUUACUGGUACAUCACAGUUAUUACAAAGUGAAAUUAAUUAAGUUUUUUCUUACAUGGAUAUCUUCUCAAUUCUUAAAUAAUCAGCUUCUAAUACCCAUAAACAAUAAAGUUCAAACUGUUAAACACCUUGUUUUAUUUUGGUGUUUCACCUAUGUCCGAGGUAUAAGAAGCCCAAAAAUACAUUGUUUAUUAUCCAAUAUAUUCGCUUAACACGCUUAAGUAACCUACAGUUCGAGGUGACACUACUCCACUGCCAUUAUGGAAACCCCGAAAAAUGUAUUAAAUCUAUUAACUCAAGAAGCUCAAAAAACAGCUCUUUAACUUUUAGAAAGAGAUUAUCAAGGUGAGAGAGUCAGUACCCACACAAGCAAAGGAGCUUCGGCUGUCGCUUUGGUUGGAGACGUCGUCGUCGUAGGGCGUACCUAAGAAGGGUUGCAUGGUUUUCUAUUUCUAUGCAUGCAUGUGGUUCUGUUCCUAUACUGAGUUAUGGUGCUUCGCUUAGCGGCCGUUGGGACGAAAAUAGCUGUUGUUGUACUUGUGGCCUUCUUAAGUGUCUCGCGUGGGCGACCUGGGACGAGGGUAUUCAUUUUACCCACGUACCCCACUCGGGAUGGGAGGCAAUUUGUGGCCUGCAGAGCUCAGAGCGCUUGUUUUGAAGACAGACGGGUUUUUAGGCUCGGUUUAUUUGGCCACGUAUUGAUAAUUUGUAUUAAUUAAAGCUAUUUAAAGAUGUGUGAACAUGGAAGGCGAUUUUUAGAAAAGCCUAUUCCGCUGCCCCCAUGAUGUUUUACUCCCCUACCCCUCCGUGGUGCUGCACAUAUAUAGAUCUCGAAUCUGGUAAUGGCGGCCAAGUAUGAUUUUCAGCGUUUGCUAAGGUUUUCGCUCUCUAAAUGUUGUUGAUCUCACAGUAUGCCUGUUUAAUGAUGGCUUACAGAUUAAAUCGCAUGCUGCUGUUUCCUUUGUGUUCUGAUGUGGCUAAAAAUGGGAGGAAUACGUGGAAUUCCUUCCGAAGUUGUUGCACGUGUUUGCAGCGACCUAACGAUCAACCAAAGCAGUUUACAUCGAACAACAGGAACUGUCUUGUUAAACCAAGAGGUGUCCAACAAGCUGCAAGGAGGAACCACCAGACCUUGCCAAGUGAUUUUAGUGCACACUUACCAAGUUUAAAACAGAUGGAGCAUUUCUUAUCGAGCCGUAAAGUUUUGUUCCAGCAUGGGCACACGUCACUGAUAGCAAGUUGUCCAUUUUGUGCUAGUAAAGAGGAGGGAACAGACAGAGCAAAAACAUUCACACUGUACAUCAAUAAGACUACUGGAAGUCAUUUUUGCAGUAACUGUGGCUCAUCUGGGAGUUGGAGACAAUUUAAGAUGGCUUUACAAGAGGGACCCAGUAAAGAGAGUAUCAAGCCUUGUGCAAGUGAUAGUCAUUCUAAAAGCAGUGAUGACCUAUCCAGCCAAAUAUGGGAAAGGUCCACACCACUGACUCAAUGCAAUGAUGAUGUGUGGGAGAAGUUCAUAACACAAUUCUCAAUAAAGGAAUUGAGAAAGGAUAUGUUGGAAAAGUUUCAAGUCAGAAUUACUGAGCAUGAGUUUAAGGAGCCUAAUGGAAAGACCAAGGAACAUGAUUGCAUAUUGUUCCCCUGGUAUGAUUCUGCCAGGUCAGUGGUGAAGGGCAUCAAGCUUGUAAAGCUGCAGGGAUCUGACUCAUCUGAUUCAAGCAUUGCUAUAGAACCUCGUCAGGGUUUCUUGGGACUGUUUGGUUGGAAUACAGUAGAUGCUGGAGCUAAAGAGGUUGUGUUGACAUUAACAGAGUUUGAUGCUAUUGCUGUAAGUCAGUCAACAUCCUAUCCAGCUAUUUGUCUUCCACUGGGAGCAAAUUCUCUCCCUCUUGAGGUUUGUAGACUUAUAAUUAUGCUGUUGUUGAAACUAAAAUUUUGUCCAGUGGCAUUACAGAGAAACUGUAAUGUAACUGCAGCUCAGGAAGCACAUAUUUCUUUUCCUCAGGGUUGUGACCUUCCAUCCUUAGUUUCCAAAGCUCAACCAAUCAGCCACGAGAAAAUCACUACUUUUCAUCAGUUGCGAGGUGAAGUGUUUGAUCAAUUUGUUAAUGCAGAUCAAGUGGCUGGAGUGAAGUGGACCCGAUUUCCGAAAUUAAACAGCGUUCUAAAAGGUUUGAGGCGAGGAGAAGUGACAGUUUUUACUGGACCAACCGGCGCUGGAAAAACCACCCUACUGAGUGAAAUGUCCCUUGACCUCUGUAUGCAGGGGGUGAACACGCUGUGGGGAAGUUUUGAGAUUCGUAAUGUGCGCCUUGUAAAAAUGAUGAUGUGUCAGUAUUCAGGGUUGAAUUUGGAGAAACAGGUUGAGCAAUUUCAGUACUGGGCAGACAGUUUCGAGAUGCUACCAAUGUACUUCAUGUGUUUCUACGGAGCUCAGAAUAUCGAAACAGUUGUUGAGACUAUGACUCAUGCUGCUUAUGUAUACGAUAUUGAACACGUCAUCGUGGACAACCUGCAGUUUAUGACGUCAUAUGUUAGCCGUGGGGACGAUCGAUUUUUUACCCAGAAUCAUGUUAUUUCUGCACUGAGGAAUUUUGCGAGCACCAAAAACGUGCAUGUUACGUUGGUCAUUCACCCAAGAAAGGAAAAUGAUGAUGUUGAACUUCAAACAGCGUCUAUUUUUGGAACAGCGAAAGCAAGCCAAGAAGCAGACAAUGUGAUCAUACUUCAGAGCAAGAAAGGAUCAGCCGAAAAAUAUCUGCAGGUCACGAAGAAUCGCUUCGAUGGCGUACUUGGUCGCGUCCCGUUAGACUUUGUCCGGGAAUCUUUAUCAAUGUCAGGAUUUGGCAAAACAGCCCAGCCAAAGAAACCAACACUGAAACUUGAUAAGGCACAUCCCCAGAAGCUCAAAGUAACUCGACUGGGAGCAGAUGUAGAUAUUGCCAAGUUUUCAGCGCCUAAAAUGGUUCGCACAAACAAAGUAGUUGACAGAAAAUCAAUUGCGCCAAAGCCUACUUCAACAGACAACAAUGAUAGUACAAAAGAUGACCCAAAAGACGGCAAUAAGCAGGAAAAUGGAUUGAAUGAUGCGCUUGAGAAAAGAGACAGCGCACCUGAUGUGAUAUCAGCUAAAAAGAAGGAAAAUGUGCAAAAAACGGUCAAGAAAAUUCUAAGUGGAACGCGCUUGUUCACUAAAGCUGUAAAUGGUCCUCGGAACAGUAAAGGUAUAUCUGAACAAGACAAGGCUAUCAGAAAACCACAAAGCCACGAAAUUUGACGGAAGUAACUACCAAACAUACACUCCUGGAAUGUUCAACGGAAAUAUGAUGGAAAUAUGAUGGAAAGUUGUUAAAACAGAGCUCUGAUUGAAAAAUGAAAUUUGUUAAAUACUAAAUUGGUGUGGAGUUUGCGGUAUCUCAAAAUCUUCGAUACACUGGACUAUUCCGGUGACGUAGACAGUCUGUAGCGCAGUUUACACUCGGCGAGACUACUCAAAAAUACGCCUUACAAGAAAAAAACACCUGGCCAAAACACAAACUGACGGUAUGGAAAGUUGUGAUAAGAUGGUUUCUUGGUUCCAGAUUAUUUUUCUUACUCCUUCCCUACCCCCUCUCGCAGGCGCCGCAUUAUGGUACAUUUUGUCAACAGGUUUUAGUAUGAGUAUUUUUGGAGCGUUUCCGCCACGUCGUUGGACUUCCUUUACCAAAAUUACGACACGAUUGAAGUCACCCUCAUCAACAUAAAAGGAUUUUAUUUCGCCCUCUGCCUCUGCGCAGCACAACAGAUUCUUUACAAACUAAUAUGUUGCACACAUGUAUUAUAAGUAGCUGGUAUGUAGACUAGUAAGUGCUUUCUCGUGUCAUUAGAGAGGCGUCAGGGAUGUCAUACUGAUGAGUCACACUGUAGAGAUCACUGUACCAUUAACAUUUACUCAGCCAAAGUUGGAUCUCAGUAGUAUGUCAUCAAUAUGGAAAAUAUAUUAAUGGAAUCUGUCUCCACAAGAAAGAUGACGGUAAGGCUAAGUUGUAAAACGAAAAUUGUCACAUGUUGCUGUAAGGUUCUUAGUGAUAACACUACAUGUCCACUUUUGCAAGCCACGUAUUGGUUGCUACAUUUUCAAAUAAACUUAAUAUUUCUAUCAAA